UGUCUGUUUGUCUACCUACGUGAGUGGUCGCCAGUAUGUAAGCAUGUAAAGAAGAUGGAGGAACAGAUGACAGAUAAGGCAGCCACGGCAGUACUGAGCAGCUCUCUCUCUCCCUCUCCCCCUCUCACUACUGCCAUCAUCUUUCUCUCCUCCACUUCCUUAUCUGUCCCCUCUUUCCUUUCAUGAUCCCACCUCAUCAUCAUCAUCCCUCUCCCUCGUUCUAUUUCUCACUCUGUCUUUCUCUCUCACUGCCCCUCUUCCUCCCUUUUCCGUCCCUCCCUCCCUUCCUCUUCUGCGUGAAGCUGCAGUAAAUGUGAGGGUCUCCUGGGUCUGGCUUCACUGCAGUGUAGAGAAGAGAACGCCGUCUGUUUUAGUAGGAUGCGCUGAAGGAUGGUGCACCAGGAGAAACGCAUCUACCAGGCCCAGAGGAAUGAGAGGGAGUCCAUCAGGCAGAAACUCGCCCUUGGCAGUUUCUAUGACGACGAGCCCGUCAUCUACACCAGCUGCAGCAAAAAUGGCCCGUCUUCUCAGCGACAGAGCGGCGUAAACCUCCAGGUGUGUUUUGUCAACGACAGCAACAGUGACAAAGACAGUGAUGCCGAGGACAGCAGGACAGAGACCAGUCUGGACACACCUCUGUCACCUGUGAGCAAACAAAGCUCCUCGUUGUCAGACCGGGACACAGGAGAGGAGGAUUCAGACCUGUUAGAUGACUGCAGCGGCUUCUGGCAGGUGCAGCGAAGACUGCAGGAGGAAGCCAAGGUGGCGUUGGCACUCGCCCGACCCAUGGCUCGAAUGCAGGUGGAAGUGGAGCGGCAGAUCCAGCUGCACAGACGUUCCCCUGUGGCUGAUCUGCUUCCCCAUCUUCCUCACAUAAGUGAAGGUUUGAUGAAGAGGAAUCUGAGGCAAGGGGACAUGAGGGACAUGAGUCUGGGGCAGCUCCAGGUUAUCACCAACGACUUGCACUCACAGAUUCAAAGUUUGAAUGAAGAGCUGGUCCAGCUGCUGCUGAUGAGGGACGAGCUGCAUGUGGAGCAGGACGCCAUGUUGGUGGAUAUAGAAGAUCUCACCAGGCACGCUCACAGCCAUCAUCGACACCAGGCGGUGAAGGCUGCCUCCAAAUAACUGCAUCCAGGAGUUUGCGUUCGUCUGCCUGCACAUCAGCCGACCUCCUGCUCCACCGACGGUCACCUGUGUUAUAAUAAAGCUCCAUCAGUGCUGUCUCUGAAAAAACAAGUUCAAUAGAGAAAAAUUAGAAUACACAUCCAUACACAUUACGUGUGGCUUCAGGAGUUUGGACACAGCUUGGUUAAGUGGUUAAUCUCCAUUUACCCUCUGGUUUACCUCUUUAUGGUUUUGCACAGUACAGUGAGUAUGUUUACAGUGGUUCAAAAGACGUUUUGUGUUUAAUCUGUAUGUCAAGCACUAGCAUCACUUUUUAACACAGGAAUCCAUCAUCCGGGCUGCUGACCAUUACACAGCUUAGCUCGUCUGGUCUUGCGAAUAUUACAUAUACACAAACCUGGCCGUAAAAGUUUCCGUCCACUUUGAAAUGAAGUGCAUACGAGGAGUGGUCAAAUUUUUAAGAAUAAUUUAUAUUUGCCAAAAUGUGGUCGUGUAUGAUACGUCAGACAAAGCGACAGACUGUGGCCUGAAAAUUAGGACGGGGUCACACUGAGAGACGACGACGACGAGCAGGCGAGGGGGGUUAUGAUUCUGUCGGCCAUGUUGACCUUGACAUAAAAUAUGCAAAGUGAUUUUUUGUCACUUCGAAAGUUAAAGGAUAAAAAAAAAAAGUUCAGAGAAAUAUAUUGAUAACAUGAGAAGAAAUACAUUUCUAUUUUAUCUUUUUUGAAAGGGUUUAAAUGGUAAAUGACUUUAUUAGAAAGGGUGACGUGAAGAAGCUGUUGUGUGGCCGCAGUUCGGUGUUUUCACCAAAAGCUUUUGAAGAAUGUACGUCAUGGGAGAAACUCCUUCAACCUUAUCAUUUGCUGCAUUCUUUAAUGUACUGUAUAAUGAGUGUAAGAUAUCUGUAAUAAAUGUUUAAAUGGUGUGACGUUCAUCAA